UCAGUGCUGGGCCUUGGGCUGAUGCGUGCUGACGUCAUGCUGCGUAUGGGACAGGGCAGGCUCCACUUUCUAACUCCUCCAGGCUGGAGUAGUUAGUUAGCAAACAGCAGGCACUGGGCAGGCAGCCUGCUCCUUCUGCAUCAUAACAUUUUGCACACAUCUCUUUCUGCAUGGUGGAUAUUAUUUUUCAUUAUCCUUUUCUGGGUGCUAUGGGGGAUCAUUCCAAGAAAAAGCCCGGAAUUGCCAUGUGUGUGGGCUGUGGGAGUCAGAUCCAUGACCAGUACAUCCUGAAGGUCUCCCCGGACCUCGAGUGGCAUGCAGCAUGUCUCAAAUGCGCUGAAUGCAGCCAGUACUUGGAUGAAACCUGCACUUGUUUUGUGAGAGAUGGCAAGACAUACUGUAAAAGGGAUUAUAUCAGAUUAUUCGGCAUAAAGUGUGCGAAGUGCAAGGUGGGAUUCAGCAGCAGUGAUCUGGUGAUGAGAGCCCGGGAGAACGUGUAUCACAUUGAAUGUUUCCGCUGCUCCGUCUGCAGCCGCCAGCUCCUGCCCGGGGAUGAGUUCUCUCUACGGGACCACGAGCUGCUGUGCCGGGCCGACCACAGCCUGCUGCUGGAUAGGAGCUCGGCGGAUAGCCCCAGGAGCCCCGGCCAUUUACAGAGCACCAGAGGCCUGCAUCUAUCAGACUCGGUGCCCGGCCGCCAGCCCUCUCUCCGGCCCCACGUGCACAAGCAGGCAGAGAAGACCACCCGCGUCCGGACGGUGCUGAACGAGAAGCAACUGCACACGCUGCGGACCUGCUACGCUGCCAACCCGCGGCCGGACGCGCUGAUGAAGGAGCAGCUGGUGGAGAUGACCGGCCUGAGCCCCAGAGUGAUCCGGGUCUGGUUCCAGAACAAGCGCUGCAAGGACAAGAAGAAAUCCAUCCUCAUGAAGCAGCUGCAGCAGCAGCAGCACGGCGACAAGACAAGUCUUCAGGGCCUGACCGGGACCCCCCUGGUGGCCGGGAGCCCCAUCCGCCAUGAGAGCGCCGUGCAAGGCAACGCUGUGGAGGUCCAGACCUACCAGCCCCCUUGGAAAGCGCUCAGUGAAUUCGCAUUGCAGAGUGACCUGGACCAACCUGCCUUCCAGCAGCUGGUAUCCUUUUCCGAAUCUGGCUCCUUGGGUAACUCUUCCGGCAGCGAUGUGACCUCCUUGUCUUCCCAGUUACCUGACACCCCCAACAGCAUGGUACCCAGUCCUGUGGAGACGUGAGACAAGCACACCCCGCCCCCCCAGCGGAUUUGGACUUUCGCAUGCUCCUGCUCCCUGCAUGAGACAAGCCCGGCCUCAGGCUGGCCCAGAGCUCCAAACAACACUUUUUAUAAUAAUAUUAUUUAAAAACAAACAAAAAUAUGUCUUGACUGCCAAAAAGCACCAGGAUUCUAGCUGCCUUCACCAGACUGGAGAGAACUCCCCUGCUCCCCCCCUUCUUUUUUUCCCAACUGAUUUUUUUUCCCAGAGCAAACUUGGAUUUACUAAAAUUAGCCCCCCAAAUCACCUACUGUAUAAUGGUAGUUUGUACAUUUUUUUUUGUUUCGUUUUCCUUUUUGGAAGAAAAAAGGAUCUUUUGUGUCUUCCUAAGACUGGUUGGAAGCCAGUUAAAUCAUCUCAACUUGAUGUUGUCUUUUGAGUAGUCAUCUCCAUCCCAGUGUCUCUCACAGCACCACAUGAGUGAAUUCAUUCCAUACUCUGCAUUAUCCCUGACUUGAAACCUUUCCUGUUUUGGGUGGGGGGAGAGAACCCCCCCCCGCCCAAGCCGCAUGAUUGCUGGAAAACAUAUAUAUGGAAAUGAGACUUUUAUUAAAAAUGUUAAGUUAUCUUAUGGACGGAGGACAGAUUGUUUGAGCCUUUAAAGAACAAAAGUAAGUUAUUGUUAUUUAUUGUCAGAGCAGCAGUUAACAGUGGAAUUAAUAUUUUGAUUUUAAUAAAAAAUAACCUCAUUGGAAAGUG